UCGGUCCAGUGCAGUGGCAAUCUGAUCCAGAUUUGGAGGCUGUUGAUAUUACGAGAUGGCGUAUUCGUGCUAGGGUGAAGUGUCGAUAAACUCGAAAUCGGAUUCUGAAGUGAUUUCUCGAUGAUUCAAUCUAAAUGCGCGAUUGUGCGAAAAUCUGACAUGGAAUCUGUAGUUAUUUUUGGCGCUAGAAAAUCAUACAAGUCGGGAAAAAUCUCCGUUGAAAGCUGAGUUUUUGGUGCCUGUAAAAGUGCAAGUGUAAAUAAAACAUUUUUGAUGCCAGGAAGUAGUGCAAAGGUGGGAAAACCACUGAGAACCUGAAUUCGCAUCUAACGUUUGAUGCUAGAAAAGAGUGCGAGUGUAGAAAAAUCUACUCUCCGACCUGAUUCCGCAGAGUUUUUGAGGCCAGAAAAUAGUGCACCAGUGAGAAAAUCGACGGUAGAACCUGAAUUCGAAUCUCAUUUUUGAUGCUAACAGAUAGUGUGAAUGCGGGAAAAUCAACACACGAAUCUUGUAUAUCCCCAUCGAAAUUUUUGAUGUUGGAAAAUAGUGCGCACGCGGGAAAAUUGAGGUUAGAACCUGAAGACGCAUCGCGCUUUUUAUGCUGGAAAAUCGACGCACCCACGAACCUGAAUUCGCGUCGUAUUUUUGAUGGUUGUAAAUAGCACGAGUGCGGGAAAAUCAACGCACGAAUUUUGCGUAUCCACGUCGAAUUUUUGAUGCUAGACGAAAGUGCGAGCGUGGGAGAAGCAACGUCCGAAUAUCGCGUAUUCGCAUCGAAUUUUUGAUGCUAGAAGAUAGUGCACCAAUGAGAAAUCUGACGUUAGAACCUGAAUUCUAAUCGCGUUUUUGAUGGUAGCAAAUAGCGCGAGUGCGGGAAAAUCAACGUCCGACUUUUGCGUAUCCACGUCGAAGUUUUGAUGCUAGACAAAGGCGCGAGUGCGGGAACAUCAACGAUCGAAUCUGGCGUAUUCACAUCGAAUUUUUGAUGCUAGAAAAUAGUGCGCACGCGGGAAAAUUGACGGUAGAACCUGAACUCGUUUCGCGUUUUUGUCGAUAGCAAAUAGCGCGAGUGCGGGAAAAUCAACAUCCGAAUUUCGCGUAUCCACAUCGAUUUUUUGAUGCUAGACGAAAGUGCGAGCGCGGGAGAAUCAACGUCCGAAUUUUGCGUAUCCAUCAAAUUUUUGAUGCUAGAAAAUAGUGCACCUGUGGGAAAACUGACGUUAAAACCUGAACUCGAAUCGCGUUUUUGAUGGUAGCAAAUAGCGCGAGUGCGGGAACAUCAACGUCCGAAUCUGGCGUAUCCGCGUCAAAUUUUUGAUGCUAGAAAAUAGCGGGGCGACGGGGGAAUCGGGGUUCGAUCUGAGUCUGCGGGGCGCGCGGGAGCGGGAGCUGGAAAAGGGGCGCGAGCGGGAGAGAGAGCGGGAGAGGGAGAGGGGGCGGGGGUCGUACAACUCGAGCAUGGUGUCGGCGGUGUGGCAGUACUGCACGCGGCUCCCGAACAACGGCGUCAAGUGCAACGUCUGCGCCCGGGUCAUGGCCUUCCACGGCACCACCAACCUCCGCGUCCACAUCGGCAGGCACUUCGGCAUCAAGCCCACCAAGCAGCGCCUCCUCGCCCUCGGCAUGGACAAGAACCACGCACAGCGAUCUGUGCCUCAACAGAAAGGAGCCGUGCAAGCGGGUCAGAUGAAGCCCCUGGUGGUGACGCCGCAAGACCCGCUGAGCCUCCCGAAAGCCCCGGCGAAGAACGCGACGCCGCCCUCGGCGACGGCCACGUCGACGCCGAGCCGGGCGGCGUCGGCCUCGCCCGCGCCCGCCCCGUCCGUGGCGCCCCUCGCCCCCAUCCCCCUCACCGUCGCCCCUCCCGUCGUGCCCGAGAUCUGCCUCCGCUGGGACUCCUACAACAAGAACAUGCGGAACAUGUUCCCUGUCCUCCUGUCCAACGAGCGCUUCUGCGACGUCACGCUUGCAUGCGAGGGACGCAGCAUCAAGUGCCAUAAGUUCAUGCUCUCGGCUUGUUCUCCAUACUUCGAUCAGUUGUUGGGAGACAACCCAUGCCGCCAUCCAAUCGUACUGCUAAAAGACCUUCAGUUCUGGGAGGUUCAAGCAAUUUUAGACUUUAUCUACAAGGGUGAGGUGCGAGUUCGUCAAAAUAAGCUGCCGCAGCUUCUAGCUGCAGCCAGUUGCCUGCAGAUCAAAGGUUUGUCUGAAACUGUUGCCUCAUCACCAACUCCAAAUGAAAAUUGUGAUAAGAAUACCAGAAAUGAUAGAAACGAUAAGAAUGACAAUAACUCAGCUGGAUUAGUCAAACCUACCUCUCACAAAGAGCUCAAGGGUGCGCAGAAAAGGAAGUCACCACCAACCUGUUCCUCUGAUUCCAUGGCGUCAACUUCAGUCGAUGACAGUGAUUCCGAGUCUGAAGCCGAUGAGCAAUCCCGGCUAAUAGUGGUCAGAAACAGUAUUGAUGAGGCCGAUUCAACUUCGUCAGGAAUACCAACCACAAAUGGGACCAUAAUAAAGAAAAUCAAGUUAGAGCAUCCCUCUUCAGCUAGUUGUAGUGAUUCCAAAGAUCAAAAGAACUGUGUUACCGAACCUGCAAAUCCAGGAAUCUCAGUGAAGAAAAAAACUGGAAACCCACCGAAUUUAAUAAAAAUUGAACAUCCAAUAAUCACCAAACAAGAGCCGCCAGAGGAUUACGAAAACGAAUGGAAGGACGAUGGAAGUUCAUCGCCGAGUUAUUACCCUGAUUAUCCCGAAGCCAUCGUUGAUACUGUCCUCACAGAAGAAGAUGCUAGCAACCAAUGAAAGUCUCUAGUCGUAGCUUUUGUACUUUUUACUGUGAUCAAUCAAAUCUGGUCCCUUCAUUGCAACCUUUCUUUGAUUACCGAAGAAUAUCUGCCACAGGUGUUACCAUUUUUUCUCAAUUCUUGUAAGAAAAUGUCAAUAAUCAAGAAUUGAUAAUUUCUCUGUAACUAUAUCUGCAUAUUAAUGAAAUUAAUUUGAGUGUUUGUAUCAUAUUUAUGGCGUACUUUAAAAAAUUGUUGUAUUAUGCAGAGGAUAAGCAAGAAUGCUUAAGUUUUAUGCCUAGACGAAAAGUGUUAACCCUCUUUCUAAGAUGAGCCAGGAAUAGUAUUGAUUUAUAUGGACUUAAGAGCUCAUCGCAAAGUGUGGUUAUGUCAUUAUGCCAGUGAGCGAUGAUAUAGCUGUUUGAAGCUAUUCAAAAUAUUGCAAAACGGGAUUUAAGAUUAAGGUAUAUCUUGCUUAUUCUUUUUAGUUAUCUCUCAAUCCGUGGAAAAGUCUUCAUUUUUACACCGGUAAAUGACAAGAUAAUGGUAGAAGUACAAGGGGAAACCCACAGGUUGAUUUAAAAUUGAUUUUAAAAAUGGACCAAGAAUGAAAAGUCAUACAGCUGCAUAUGACAAAAUUAAAAGUCCAGAAAAAAUCCGUCUGAUCACCUUUCCAUCCGAGAGUACCUAGUGUGAUAGAGAAACUCAUCAUUAUUUGGUAUUAGCCCAAAAUUGCAUCAUUCUGUCUGUAUCCCAGGUUAUAUGCAUUUUUUUAAAUUUCAUAUUUGAUGUGGCCGCUUCAAUCAUUACUAUUUCAUGAGCCAAUAUCAGGAAUGAGACUGCAUUUCUUAAAGGAUUAUCAUUCAGAUGAGUAUAGGAAUUCAUUCAAUUUCAAAACAGUUCCAAGUUUCAGGAUGGUUUUCAAGUUUUAAUCAAAUGAUUUGAAAGGAAUUGAAUUCAGCAGUAAAUUAAGGACUUUUGAGGUCAGAGCGUCUAAAUAUGAAGGCCACCGUUCAGGUAAAUAAGCCAGUGAUUAUGAAAUGGUUUUUACUGCAAUGAAAUGUUCUGUUAAUUAGAUCUCAAAUUUUGAUCGAGCAUUUUCAAGUACAUUAGCUGCUCUGCGUAUUCAUAUUUUCCUCUUUCAGUUUAUUCAACUAAAACUCAAAAAUGUCAUUAAAUCAAAUUUAUUUACCACAUCUAUCGAGAUUAUACCUGAAUUUAAUUUUAGCUCAUACAAAUGUGGAUUUUCAUAUUGUUGCUCAGAAAUGACUCGUUUGAAAUCAGUUUGCUUUGUGGUUUAUUAUUCAAAGUUUCCCUGGAAAUCAGUAGGUGAAAGUUCCAAAUAAUUGUAUCUGGGGUGUUUAUCACAGCGAUUUAUCGGUGGAUGGAAAUGAAUGUUUUAAAUGGAAAUAGGUUUUUGAGUUUGGUGUCGGGGACUGCUCAGUCAAAUCAUUCGUAAAAUGGAAGCACCUCUCCAUGUCAGUCAACUUGAAAGAAAAGAAUGUAUUAUUUCAGCCCUGAAAAAAUUUUGUUUCCUCGCUAAGUUACCGACGCUCCUUGCCUUCUUCAACGGAUCAAAAGUCGAUCUCACCGUUUGAUGAAAUUGUAUAGAGUGAUUUCUUGUCGAUCUGCCGUAACCUUCUGGUCUUUGUAUGACUUAUUUAUAAAGUCUCCAAUCCUUUUGUUGUAUAUUUUCAUUUGUGUGUCACUUUUUUUAUUUUUACCUUUUUUCACCUGCAAUUCACAAAUUGAUGUGUUUGCAUACUAUUAGCUCUAAUUUGUAUUAUUUUGUGAUAAGUAAAGUCUCACUUAAGUUCUCUCAGCACAGUCAAGAAAAAUUCAUAAGUUUGUCAUCGGUACCAAAGUUUUCCUUAAUAUAUCUCAAGUCAUGAGGAACAUGCAACAUUGUGAACAUUCAGUUCCUCUCUCUCAUUUAAAAGUUGUGUGCCUAAUUUUAAUUUAGAUCGUGUGUUUCAUUGUAAUUUUAUUUUCUUUUUCUUUUUUUCAUAAGUUUUUCAGCGCUUGUUGAUGAAUUAUUACAAAUGUAAAAUUCAGUCAUUCAUGUAGAUUUAGCCAAAUUUAAAGUUACCGAUGUGCUUUUUCUAUUCAAAUACAGUAUUUUUCUGGUCUUAGUUUUAUUAUUGUCAGUUGGCAAAGUGUGUUGAAUAAAAUUUUAUUCUAUUUUAUAAUA